AUGACGGGCAUAGGACGUGAGAAGGAACUCACUCCAUUGAGGAUGUGGGCCUCACUUACAAGCCCAAAGGCGACCCAGUUUCAGGUAACCCUCGGAACAUUGGUGCCGUUGUCGGGAACCUGGGAUCUAGCACUAUAUGGCGGACGAUCAGAACCACAUGGUGAAGGUACUUCUGGCGACCAACACCAAAGGAGAAUCCCCUCUGAGGUUCGUUUCCCUAAAGGAGAAGAACAACCUCAUAGUGCCGACCUCAUAGGAUUGCUGCAUGGACAUCAGGGCCGACUUGAGCAACUGGAGCAAGAAUUAGAGCAACAGUGUGAGGUAGAGAGAAGCCUAAGGAAGCAGAUCAAACGGCGAAGAGAGCUGGAGGAGAAGCUCUCAAAGUUAGAAUCUAACCUUCAAAGCAAGGAUUCCCGCACAGCUCAGGAAGAUACCCCACUAGGGGGAGAAGAUCCUUUUACUGAGGACAUCUUGCGGGCUAAAGUUCCCAGAAACUUCAAGAGCCCUGGCAUGAAUCUAUACAAUGGGACAAUCGACCCAAAGCAUCACCUCGGCAAUUUCAAAAGUUGGAUGUACUUGGCCGACGCCUCAGAUGCUACUCGCUGCAAGGCCUUCCCGACGACCUUGACAAAAGUGGCCAUGAAAUGGUUUGAUAGCCUGCCCCCUAGAUCGGUUACCAACUUCGACGACCUUGCGCACAAAUUCCUUACACGAUUUUCAAUUCAAAAAGAUAAGGUUAAGCAUGCACCUAGCCUACCCAGAGUUAAACAAGAGGUCAAAGAGCCCCUGAGGGACUACAUAGAGAGAUUCAACAAAGUAUGCUUGAAAAUUCAGGACCUACCUACUGAGGCGGUAAUAAUAGAACUGGUCAACGGUCUCCGAGAAGGAUCCUUCUCCCAGUCCAUCUCAAAAAGACACCCAACUUCUUUGAACGAUGUACAAGAGCGAGCUGAAAGGAAAAUUUGUCACAUCGAGAAGCUUCCUCCCCCGUGUCCGAUAAAAACCAAAAAGGGCGGAAGCCAUAAUGAGUAUUGUGAGUACCACAAGUUAUACGGACAUUCAACAAAUGAUUGUUACGACCUAAAAAAUGUGAUAGAAAAGCUGGCCACGGAAGGUCGGUUAGACAGAUAUCUCAUGGAAAGGUCAGACAGUCACAGAAAAAGGAAAAAAGACGACGAAGACCUCGACCAAAGAGGUCCGCCCCCGCAGACUCCAGAACGACAUGUUCACAUGAUAUUGGGAGGAUUUGCUGGCGGGGGGCUGAUCAAGCGUCUCGGAUGA